AACCAACGAACCUGCCGUGGUGCAGAUAAAUGCACCACAGUAAAUCUAAGACCCAACCGUGCCGAGGAGCGAGGGCAGGUGCCUUGGUUCUCUUCAUUGCAAACAACAAAACAGCGAUGGGGUCGACAUCUCUAGUGCCGGUGAUGCCUUCUGUACAGGCAAAGGGGUUGGUGACGCUCUUCCUUCCCGACUCGGAGCCGAUCUCUCUCGAGGCCUCGGCCAUUGCCGUCAACACGGUCGGACGCGAUCCAGUCACGACGCUGCAGGUUGCCUGUCCGACAGCGGCGUCUCCCGAGAAUGACGCGUGCCGGUCGGCGGGCAUCUACCCAGCGCAGGUCUACCACACCCAGGGGCCCGUUUGGGGCGGGACGACGACCUACUCAGUUGACGACAGCACGACGACGUGGGUGUGCACGCUGGGCGGCUCCAACCCUAAACUGUCCGGCGAAUGCACCAAGACGAUUGUCAGCUCGGGCUCGACGCGCACUGAGACGGCCGAGUACGGCAACUGUUAUGUCGUUGCCCACCAGCGGCCGAUUGUGGUGACGGCCGGCGGUGAGAAUAUCAAUUCGCGCCAUUAUCUGGAAAUGGACGCCAGUCAAUACGUCUCGCUGCGAAGCCGUAUCCUCGCCGAGGACGGGUGUCCUGCAAGCCAGACGACCAUUUGGGCCGGCGCAGCUGCUUCGACAACCGCUACUUCGGGUGCGACGACAGGCGCCUCUUCGACUGGCAGUUCGCCGACGACGACAACCCCACAGUCACAGACCCAGACGGGCUCGGCCCCGGCAGCUACGUCUACCUCAAGUGGUGCCGGAAGGGCCGGAAAGAAUGCGAUGGUGGCGGUGUUGGUUGGAAUGGGGUUGAGCUUCAUCCUUGGGUUGAUGUGAGCAUGAGCACGGACGAUUCUGGGCAUGUGUAAAAUUAGAUGUUUCUCACUACAAAGCGGGAUUGUUGAGAGCGUGUGAGAUCAUAUCGGGUAUAAUCCAGACA